GUCGGCGCGCAAGCUCAUCGUUGAUAGCGUGCACACCACAGUCCAAGAUUUAGGCUGAUCCUCACUGUUAAAAAAAAAAAGGAGAGACAAACCUUUUAAAACAAAAAGCUGGUCAAACAACAUCAACUGAUCUAAAAUCAAGAUGAAGAAAUUCCUGAUCUGUUUAACACUUUGUAAUGCUUUUUCUGCUGUGUCAAAUGCAGCUAAUGUCGAUGGCCAGUCGUAUGCCAACUAUCUUCAAAUCUUCGCCGGGAGUUUCGACGGAGGAAUGUUCAUCUACCCCAAUGGGACAAGGAAUCUGCAAAGACGGCCUCUAAUAAGAACCCCAAUUACAAAUACAAGAGUUGGAGGUUCCUCGGAACAGAAAUUUUCCGACAAGAUAACAAAUGAAGAUGGCACUGUUGUACGGUUUCUUGUAACAACAAAAAUAUUAAACGGCAAAAUUUUGGAAAAAAUGUACAAACCUAUAAAGAA